CCGAGAGGCGGGAAGCUGAGGAGGUGGAAUGUUGAGGAAAAGGAAUUCAAAGAGCGGAAUGAACAAGAUAAAAGAAAUGAAUGUGCGGAUUGAUCAAAGUCAAAUUCGCCGCCUGUGCCCACCCAUACACCACCACCCGCUCAUUAUUAACCCUCAUCCCAUUAUUUCUUUUUUUUCUCGCCGCCACUACACAUAAAAUCGGUCAAUUCCUUUGCUGUUAUUUCUUUUGAUCUACGCCGACACCGUCGCGCUUUGCCUAUUUGCCGACAAUCGGCGAGCACUACUCCUAAAACUUCUCAUUAUUCUUCUCUCAACAACAAACAAACA